AUGUCUCGCCCCCAGGUCAGCAUCGACCGUCUCACGCCCCGCCGUGUAGCCACCGAGCCGCGCGAGUCGAUGAACUGCAAAUCCUGUCGCAAAAGAAAGGUCGGUCACCCUCGACCAACAGCAAGCAUAAGACUCAAGAUUCAUUCUCAGAUCAAAUGCAAUCGCUUGCGACCAAGCUGCGAGGCAUGCAAGGUGUUCCAAUGUCCCUGUGUCUACGAUGCCAUUCCCAAAAAGCGUGGCCCCAAGACCGAUGUACUGGAAGCCCUUUUGAAACGAGUCGAUGGACUGGAAAAACGGCUCCAGGAUGAUACUAACUCCAUCUCCCCUACCUCACCUGGCCCUAAACCCGACGAGCCCCCGAACUAUACCAUUGCCCGGCGCAAUACCAUCGACGCAUCCUCGUUCAAUUUAUAUACCCCCACCGACCCCCAGCCUGCUCAAUCAGCUUCCUUGCCUCAGCAUGCGCCGCAAUUCGCCAGGCCGACCGGCCACGGCUCGUCGCCGGGCUUGCAGCCGAGUCCACCACAGAAUGGGGGUUUGUCCAAUGCCCUGCUUGAUGCCUACUUUGCGCGGUUGCAUGGCAAACCUUUUUUUAUUCUUGACGAGGCGACGACGCGGCAGAACUAUCAGUUGGGCCAAUUGCCGGCGUGUUUGUCAAUGGCCAUUUUUGCACUGACAACAAGGUAUAUGAAUGUACCAAGUCAAUCUGACCAGUCCCUGCGCAUGGGACUGGAUGCGGCAUUCCAGGCUCGUCGCAUGGUCGACGUGGACAACCCUACCGUGGAGGGUCUGCAGACUCUGCUAUUGCUUUCCCAGGCUUUCUUCGCUUACGGCCUGGGGAAGAAAGCCUAUAUGACAUUUUCAAAUUGUGUCGCUAUGGUGGUUGCCCUUGGCCUUUACCGCGAGGUGCCAUCCAAGGUCAACCUCUCGCCUUCCGAGCGCGAGAUGCAACGACGCCUCUUUUGGAUGGCAUACCUUAUGGACAGAUUUAUCAACUGUGGAUCAUGGCGUCCCUGUCUUAUCUCAGACCACUCCAUUGUCCUGCGCCUUCCAUCCUGGGCUCCCCACACGGCCGGCCUCAAUAUUGAAGGAGAGCUUUUCCAUAUGGGGCCAAACAUUCAAUACUCUGCCGAUUCGCGCCGAAAAUCCCCGAGCACUGCAUCUCUGCUCAUUGACAUUACACGUAUCCUUGGUGUCACCAAUCGCUAUCUGGCCGCCGGGGGCGUCAAGGGCGACUCACACUUCCCGUGGCAUGCGCUCUCGAAUCUUUCCAAGAUCCGACAGGAGUUGGAUAUCUGGGCUGCCGGCACGCAAGAUGUUUUUACCUCUAUAGAGGCCUUAUUUGGGCAUCCAGAAAGCACUACACUUCUGCUGAGCAAGUUGAUAUACCAUCUUGUGCACUGCCUAAUUUACCGCCCAUUCCUCCCGAUUGACCUCGUCGAGCUGCGGGGUACAGGACAGCACCAGUCAUGGCAAAUCGAGGCGACUAAUCUUUGCUUUUCGCACUCGAAUGCCAUUGCCGAACUCGUCGAGCUCGGUCGUAGCUCCCCGCUGAUUGAGUGGCCUGCAUUUGUGGGUUACUGUGUGUGCACUGCUGGCACAGUCCAUGUGCAUGGCGUACAUUACAAAGGCCGGGAGGGCGAAGUGUUUUCGUCGAGUGACGAGUUUCUCACUCGUGGCAUGCAACAGCUGGCCUGGUUGCGCAAUGCGUGGACAGGGCUUCAGCAUCAGCGAGAAUUGCUCCAAGCCAUCUAUACUUGUCAUUCGGAGUUGGUGCACAACCUUGCCAGCAGUCCUAUUCGCUUCUCUCCUGUGUUUCACCUCGAGGAUUUCCUUGACAGGUAUCCAGGACUGACGGUCGAUGGAUCCCACAUUCAACUGGUUGAUAUGGGGGAAGAAACAGUAUCAAGUAUGGCGAAUUUUGGGGACCAGCAAGAUCACUACUAUCAGCAAUCAAUUCCUACGCCCUCAUUCCAGAACCCAUCUGGCUUCUAUUCUACCUCACGAGCAGCACCGCCCACUCCCUUGUCAUCCAUGCAAGGUCACGAAGUGGGCCGUCGAGGUUCUCAAUCUCAAAUGGGAACAAAUACAGCGCCUAAUCCCUUCUCCCCAACCCUGCAUUUCCAUCCACAAGCCCACCAACCGCAGUCUUCGCCCUCCAUGUCCACAAUAUUCCCUAUGCCCAGCGGAACAGAACUGUCCCCAGGUCCUUCUGGAACCACAGCCACAAAAAACAGCAACCUCGCUCUCCCAAGCGCCUUUUCCCCCUCCGCUUUCGGCCUCUCCCCUUCAGUCUUCCUCUCCGACCCAGCACUGAACCUAGCCCCAACUCCACCCUCCAACCCGCAAUACGCCACGUUUCCCUUCGACUCUGUCCACGCCGGCAUGGGUGGAGCUGCACAACCCGGCGCUGGCGGCACAGCUGCCUUGACCCCAGGUGCCCAUUCGCAAUCUAGCACCUCGCAUACCGCGGGUAGCGAGACUGGGGGUUUGGAAAAAGACCCGUUUCUGGGUCUGCUGGAGCAGCUGACGGAGAAUGAACGCUCUCAAGGCGGGCCCAGUGAGCUGGAAUUUUUCUUGACUGGCACGGGAUCUGUGGAGGGAGAGCAUGAAUUGACUCAUGAGAAGAAGAUGGGUGGAUCGUAG